CUCAUCUAAGUCAGUCCAUAAAAUUAUCACUUUCUCAGCUAUUUCCUCUCCCUUGACUUUUUCAACAUCAAAAUUCAACAAAUAUCUCCAUCCCAAAUCCUAAAUUUUCUGUAUCUAUAUCUUUACACAAAUCAUCAUCAUCAUCAUCAAAUAAUUUCUUAAACAAGCCAGAAGAAUCAUGAACGACCUAUUUUCCGGCUCAUUCUCUCGCUUCCGCAGCGAAGACUCAUCACCACCACGUAACAACCACCAGAACAUCGAGAUGACCGGAGGAGGAGACUCCGGCGGCGCAAAUCUCGACAAGUUUUUCGAAGACGUGGAAUCAAUCAAAGACGAACUCCGAGCACUCGAAACUCUCCACAACAGCCUCCAAUCAUCACACGAAAACAGCAAAACCUUACACAAUGCUAAAUCAGUCAAACAACUCAGAUCUAAAAUGGAUAACGACGUUUCCUUAUCAUUAAAAAAAGCUAAAUUCAUCAAAGUCCGAUUAGAAGCGUUAGAUCGAUCUAACGCCGCUAAUCGCAGCUUACCUGGCUGUGGACCAGGAAGCUCAUCGGAUCGUACACGAACUUCCGUUGUUAACGGACUACGUAAAAAACUAUCUGAUUCUAUGAAUAUGUUUAAUGAUUUACGGAGUAAGAUGAAUUCGGAGUACCGUGAGACGGUUGAGCGACGAUAUUUUACUGUUACCGGUGAAAAACCUGACGAAUCGGUUGUGGAUCGGUUAAUUUCGACAGGUGAGAGUGAAAGUUUUUUACAGAAAGCGAUACAGGAGCAAGGGAGAGGACAGGUGAUGGAUACGAUUUUGGAGAUACAGGAAAGGCAUGAUGCGGUUAAAGAAAUUGAAAAGAAUUUGAAAGAGUUGCAUCAGGUUUUUAUGGAUAUGGCGGUUUUAGUUGAGAGUCAAGGUCAACAGUUGGAUGAUAUUGAGAAUCAGGUUAAUCGCGCUAGCUCCUUUGUUAGCCGUGGAACUACUCAUUUACAAGUUGCGCGUAAGCAUCAGAAAAAUACGCGUAAAUGGGCGUGUUUUGGGAUCCUUUUGGUGUUGGUUGUUAUUAUGAUCAUUUUACUUUCCAUCAGGCCGUGGGAGAGUAAUAGUGGCGGGAAUAGUAGUGUUCCAUCUACGCCAUCACCACCACCACCACCUACGGCGGCCUGACGAUGGAUUAGUAAUCGAUCGCAUCGGGUUGUUGGAGCGAGUAUGAGUUAUUUUUCAUUGUAUUUUUUUAUUUUUAUGAUUAUUAUUGUAUCUAUUUUAGUUUGUCGUGUUUUGAUUGUUUUGAGUAUCAUACUGAUAAAUAUUUCCGUA